UCUUUUCUCGAGUUUACUGUUUGUUGUAGCGUGUCAAGCUUAAUAUAUUUGUGGAUUUACUGAAUAUUUAAUAACUGUAAAUAAAUGUAAUAAAAGUUAAUUAAAGUGAGUUUCGAACUAAGGAUUUAGAAUACCAACUGCAUUUAAGUUAAAAUGGCUGACGUGUUAGAUAUUGAAAAUUCAGAAGAAUUUGAAGUGGACGAAGAUGGUGAACAGGGUAUUGUCCGUCUGAAGGAAAAGGCGCGCAAACGUAAAGGUCGUGGAUUUGGGUCGGAGGCAGGCGGUGGCGGCUCCGAAAGAGGCAAUAGGGGCAGAUAUGACAGUCUUGCACCAGAAGGUAAUGGGAAUACUCCCGGGCCACAAAGAUCAGUUGAAGGAUGGAUCCUGUUUGUCAGUAAUGUGCAUGAAGAAGCACAGGAAGAAGAUAUUCAGAACCAGUUCUCAGAGUUUGGGGAGAUAAAGAAUAUUCAUUUAAAUCUUGAUAGACGCACGGGAUUCUUGAAAGGCUAUGCCCUAGUCGAGUACGAGACGUACAAACAGGCUGCUAGUGCCAGGGAAGCUCUAGACGGCACAGACAUACUCGGUCAGGCAAUCUCCGUGGACUGGUGUUUUGUUAAAGGACCAACCAAGACUCACAAGAAACGGCGAUAAUAAUUUUUUGCAAUAGUUUAUCACAUCUAAAUGUAUUAAGUACAUACUUUUUGGUAAUUAUUGUCUAUGUAAAUUCUACUAGAUAUAUUUUUAAUCUAUAUUUCAUUUAUUAUCUGUCAAAUAACAAAAAAAUGUCUGGAAUAAUUUAUUAAAAACUGGUGUUAUAAUUUAUAACGCUGGUCAUUAAAGGCUUCAUUCAUAGUUAACAUAGUCUCUACUGAACAUUGUUUAAGCUAGCUGUAUUUGUAUAAUAUAAGAAUUUUUCCACUUAUUA